GGUCUGAAUCAGGGGCUUGAUUUGGCGCAUGCUCAGAGGAGCUGCUGAUCGCGCGACUGAUUGGCGGCACCCGUGUAAUCCAGCGGUCUAAGUCUUCAUUUUCCUGCUGGCUCCAUGACCGAUGAGAAUCAUCUCCAUUGAAACCAAGAAGACAAAAGAGUCGCUCAGGCCUUUUCAAGCCUUCUCAGCAGAGGACUGAAUGCAAAACACUGUCAAUGUUUGACCCUGCAGGCGACCAUUGAACCCCCCCCCCCCCCCCGAUGUCCCCGCUGAGGGAGACGGCUGGAGGGGUGAGGUCCAGCUCCACAUGGACAUGCAGCCCUCGCAGCUCCGCUCCUCCUACCCUUCUGCACAUGGACUCAAGCCUCCACCGGCCCUAUAAAAAGUCUGCCCCUGCUGGGGUUGCUCAGUCUCACCACCAACUCCACCAGGUAAGACAAGCUGCUUCAAACUGCACCUUCCAGGCUGGGAGAACAAUUUCAACUACAGGAGUCAAUGUUCAGACCACCACCAUGAAAUUCUUGGCCCUUGCUCUUUUGCUGGUCGUCGGCUCCCAGGCCGCUUCCCUGCAGGCUGAUGCCCCCUCUCAGCUGGCCCAGAUCCGGUCCGCUGCAGAUGUCUACAUGACUCAGGUGAAGCAGGGUUUGAUCAAAGCCCUGGAUCAGCUGGAUGACACUCCAUACCAGGAGCUCAAGACCACUCUGACUCAGCGUGUGGAGGACCUGCACACCAACAUCAAGGCCCUGCAGGCCCAGGUCUCCCCCAUGACUGACAGCGUUGUCACCACCAUUUCUGAUGCCACCGCCGAAUUCCGUAACUCCAUCUCACAAGACAUCGAGGCCCUGAGAGCUGAUCUUGCACCCAAACGUGAGAAGCUGAGAGAGGUCCUUGAAAAGCACAUGGAGGAGUACCGAGUCCAGUUGGAGCCCAUCGUCAAAGAGUACCAAGCCAGGCACACCGCCGAAAUGGAAGCUCUGAGAGUCAAGAUGGAGCCCGUGGUGGCAGAGCUGCGUCAGAAGAUGGCCGCCAAUGUGGAGGAGACCAAGGCCGCCCUGAUGCCCAUUGUGGAGUCUGUGCGCGCUAAGCUUGUUGAGCGUCUGGAGCAGCUGAGGCAGUUGGCUGUUCCAUAUGUUGAGGAAUACAAAGAGCAGAUGAAGAACUUUUACAGCCAGGCACAGUCCAUCACAGCUGAAGAUAUUGAAAACUUGAAGGCAAAGAUCACACCUCUUUCUGAGGAAAUCAAGCUAAAGUUUGGAGAGAUCUUUGGGGCCAUCUCAGCAACCUUCAACAAGAACAAGAACUAGAUCCUCCCUGUUCCUUAGACUAACCCUGCCUUACUGCCUGUCCUUGACACAGUCCACCUUAAUUUCCAUUCUUUCUUCGCUCACAAGCAGGCCCAAAGUAAGCUCGUGCCUCCCUGACGACCACACGGCAGGACUUUCCCUCUUGCACACAAUAACAUACUUCAAAGGCACGAGCCCAAGCAAGCGCACGCACAGAGAUGCGCACGUGUCCCGCAUUCACAUGCUUCGUUCCUCACAACUGCUAACAUUUUGUGCUUGAAUUGUGUGUGAAUUACUGCAGGCAUUGACAUCUCUGUGUAAUGAUGAACACAGCUCAAUAAACAUCUGUAUGUUUAUACUCUA